ACCCCCUCAGUUUCUGCACCAACACUCUCCGGUCCACAACUACAGGCUACAGAGCGGCAACAGGAUCCGCUUCACCACCGCCUUUCUCCCGCGCUCGCUGUCAUCUGUGCACGCGUCUUCGCCGUGCGCAAAGUUGCAGGACUAUUUGUGAGAUAAUACAAGUCCUGUACGACACUUAGCCCUCCGCGUGAACUACAAAGGCGAUCUGGACCGUUGUAAAUCCACCACUAUGUGAAAUACAACAAGAAGAAAACAGAAUGUCUUACAAAGUGUUUGGAUUUUUUUUUCGAGGAUUGUUUUUUUGGCUGACCUCGUUGAUUUAGGGAAAACAUUUAUAUAUAUAUACAAAUUACAGCCUGAUAAGGAAAAGCCGCUCGAAUUUCAAACCACAUGCCAACAUUGGAUGAGACCGCGGCGCCCGGAUCUUGUGCAAUAAGAGAAAUGGUGGUUUCGGACGGAAUACAACAGUUUUGCUUUAAAUGGAGAACUGCUCAGAGGGGAUAAAUUGUGUGCAAAGUUGUGCUGCUUUCUGCUGAGGGAGCUAUCCAUCCGGCUUCCACCGAAUUACCACGAGUCCGAGGAGAGACAUGGGGCCGCUCCGGUGGAUGGGACUCACCGCGCUUCUCCUGUGCACAGUCGUGGACACCAAGGUGAUCCUGGAGGGUUUGCAGAGGCUUGGCCCCACACCAAUAUAUCUACCUGUCAGCUACCGGAUCCUCAAUGCAGAGUCAGCGUUCUUUUUACAGGAGGCAAACCAGGACUUAAUGAGGAACUCCAGCCUCCAGGCUCGCACUGAGUCCUUUUUCAUCCACCAGGCCCGGCAGAUGCCCUUUGUCAAUGCUAGCUAUGGACCACUGUCUGUCCAGCAGCCUGUCCCCCUGGAGCUGCUACAGACUUCGCCAGGGCCCUUUAGCACACCCUCUUUCACUUCAUCCUCAACAACAUCAGUGUCGGCAUCGCCUCUCUUUACAUUCAACUGGAAGGUGCACACUUACAUUAUCAGCGAGAGGAUUCACCCUAGCUGGCCGAAAGUUCAAGUGCUGUUCUAUAUUGCAGGCAGGGACUGGGAUGAUUACAGCACCAUCCACAAGCUACCCUGUAUCAGGAUGUUUGCCUUUCAUGAGACUCAAGAAGUGCGUGGAACAUGCAAGCUAAAAGGAGACCUGGGGAUAUGUGUUGCCGAGCUGGAGCCCCUGGCCAGCUGGUUCAGCCCACCUACUGUCAGGCCUGGUAGGCAGAAGGUCUCCGAGGAAGCUCAAGGCACUCCGGUGGAGCUCUACUAUAUGGUUCAAACCACAGAUAACGGAGACUGCACUUCAGAGGAUUCAAGAAAGGGCAGCUCUGUCCUCACAGACCAGCCGAGGCCGUUAGGGUACUUUGCAGGGCAUACCCCUAUGCAGCGCAUUGGAAGUGUCAGACUGUUUCAGCCACUGUUGGAGCUGAAACUAGACAAUAACUUUGUGGUGAUGGCACCCUCCAAACCCAUUCGGCAGCGAGAAACAGUCUCAACUUUUCUGGCUCUAUCUGCUCUUUCUUCAGUACAAAUUUUCACCCUCAGGGUCAAGCUGAAAGAUGGAGUGGCAUUCUUGGGAGCUAGAGCCAGUAACCCAGUUAUGUGGACGGUGAGUCAGGAUGUCAGAAGUGAAGGUCACAGAGUUGUCACCCUGCACUGCCACAGGAAGGAGAACAGCUUCAGUCAAAGAAUGGAGGCAGUGGGCUACCAGCGAGUGCUACAAGUAGACUUGGAGGUAAAUGGGCUGAUGGUAACUCAGGGGAGCAGGGAGGUGGCAUGGCAGGUCGAGUAUCCGCUCACGCGCACCCUGACCAGUGAAGUGCAGACUCUCAUCCGUCUGGCACCGCAGGACCUGGGUGGCAUCGUGCCACUGGCCAUGGACACUGAAAUUCUCAACACGGCUGUGCUCACUGGGCGUACUGUCGCUGUUCCGCUGAAGGUCGUCACUGUAGGGACGGAUGGUGCGGUCUCUGAUGUUACAGAGUCAGUGGAGUGCAAGUCAACAGAUGAACAGGUUAUCAAGGUGUCAGAGCGCUGUGACUAUGUGUAUGUCAAUGGAAAGGAGACAAGAGGAAAAAACAGGGUGAUGCUUAACUUCACCUAUAGUUUUCUGAAUGCACAACUCGAGAUGAGCGUAUGGAUGCCCCGCCUGCCCUUGCUAAUUGAUGUGGCUGACCCUGAGCUCAGUCAGAUUAAGGGUUGGAAGGUCCCUGUUAGUAUGGGCAAUAGGAGGUAUGAGAGGGUCACAGAUGAUAAGGAUGGUGUCGAUCCAGUAGAGGGGAGGACAGAGACUGCUUGUGUUGCCCAGUACCAAAGCACCACUCUGCGCAUCCUCACCCACUUUGUGGCUGACAUCAGCGAAAGUAGAGGAGCCAUGGAGGAAGAUGUACUGGGCCAGCAGACCUUCCUGCUGGGCACCGACUGGCAGGUGGAUGUGACACAGUUGGUGAAGGAGUCUCUGAGGGUGGAGGACCCAAAGGUUGCCCAGCUUCUGGAUGACCAAGUCGUAAUCGGGCUGAGCACUGGAAACACCAAACUACAGGUGCUGUCCCCUCUGACAUCAUCAGUCCUGGCUGAAAGGAGCAUCAGAGUGGUGGAUGAUAAAGUGAGCGUGACAGAGCUAGGGGUGCAGUUGGUAUCUGGAUUAACUCUGUCCCUGCAGCUCAGCCCAGGCAGCAACAGGGCUAUUGUUGCCACUGCAACAACACAGGAAGUUAUUGAAUCUCUCAAGCAGGAGUCCCUCAUCAGUGCUUGGCUUCAUUUCAGUGACGGAUCCAUGACUCCUCUAGAUAACUACAACCCUGCCCAUUUUACCCUGGCAGCCACCUCAUUGGAUGAACAGGUUGUGGUGGUGCAGCAAAGUCCAGCAUGGAAGUGGCCUAUCAUUGUUGCCAAAGGAGAAGGUCAAGGUUUGCUUGUACGUGUUGAAAUGAGCCCAUCAGAAAUGUGCCAGAAGGGAAAACGACAUACUGUUUUAGCCACAGGAAUGGCGAGCACACAUGUAAGACUUGGUCAAACAGAGGAACAAUUCAGACAACCAGGUGGCCGACGUACACGCCCUGACCCUCCAUAUUAUGGCGGAUCCAUCUCUGACAUGGAAACUGGGUUAAAUAACCGUGGAGCCACUACCAUCAGGGGCCAUGUUCCAGUAAGGCCAAGUGGGGGCCGUCUUUCAGCAGAAGUUGGAGCAAGGGCUCCAAAUGAAUUCUCUGAAUAUCCCGAUCAGGCCGAGCUGCCCCGGAGCCGCAGCACCGAUGAGGACUUGUUGACCUCCCGACGAGGCCUGACAGACUUGGAGAUCGGUAUGUAUGCCCUGCUGGGAGUUUUCUGUCUGGCCAUCUUGGUUUUUCUCAUUAACUGCAUCUCUUAUGCAUACAAGUACCGUAGCAAGCAGUUCUCCUUGGAGGCUCCAGAGGCAAUGCCUCAUGCACAUGACUGGGUUUGGCUUGGCCAAGAGGAGGGGCUGUGUCUACAACAACAGCAGCAGGACGAACUGGGCGGUACCCUAGAAGAAGGUAGUCAGCUAUUAAAUGGAGGCCUCCAGCGAGGUAAUACUGGUGGAGCAGGAUGUAGCUCAAGUGGGAGGGAUCACAGGAAUGAGUCACUUAACUCACCCACCACCAAGAGAAAGAGGGUGAAGUUUACCACUUUUUCAAGUGUCAAGUCGAGUAAUGGGUGUCCUGCCCUCAGCCCCUUAGCACUAGUGCAGACCAGUGAGAUAAAAUGGGUAUGUCCAGACAUCGAGCUCGGAGACUCAAAGGAUCUUAGGAACUACAUGGAAAAGCUUAAUGAGAACGCAAUUAAGAACAUUGCAUAGGGGGUACUGGGUGUUUUCAUUGAACUAAAGAGAAACUCACCUGAAUGCCUUCAGACUAACAAGGGAAGGAGGGUUACGAAGGAGAGGUGAAGAAGAGACUGAAGCCGCUGUUAAACUGUACACCUUACCAUAGCAAGAGGAUAGUGCAUUCAGCCUCUGUUUUUUCAUGAAAGUACUCAGAAAAGGUCAAGCUAUGGACUACAAAAAGAUACCACAACACCACAGCAUCAAGAGGAAAAUGUGAAAUUAGUAUUGUUGCUUAAAUUAAAUGUAUGUUCUUUGUUUCUAGUUUUCUUUCCUAUGCACCAUCUACACCGCUUUGUUUUGUGUUUUGUUUUUUCAAAUCGCCAUGUUUUAAUAUCACGUUUGUUGUAAUUUUUGCGACUUUCUGUUAUUUUUCUAGAGGCUUCUUUCCCUGUCAGAAAUUAUUGAAUCUAGGAGAGUAAGGUUAAAAGAAAUUUUGUAUUGUAAAUAAAAGCAGAGUUUAAUUUGGAGGGACUGUAUGUAUAGCAACAUUUUUUAAAGUGAUGUAUGGUUUUGUUUUGCUUUAGUUUCUUUUCAGUUAGUUUUGUCUCCAGAAAGCAGAUCCACGCAUGAUGUUAUUUAAAAGGAGGCAUGUGAGUCUGAUCUGGUAUGCAAACUGAAAAUUUGUAGAUAACUAAUACCAGUACCCCUGGAGACAUGUCAUUCACUGUGGGUGAGUUUAGCUUUCAAUUCAAUAUGUUGAUGUUGGUUUAAGAGAUUUAUUGGGCCCUACAUUUUCCCUCCUUAUAUUGGUUUAUGUAACCUCCUGUUGCAUAGUUCACAUUAAACUGACUUUUUAGGAUUCAAAAGGACAAAUUUUGAUUAAAUCAGAAUAGUCAAUAUAAAUAUACUGACACAACCAAAAGUAUCAAAGACAAUCACAUUUAAAAAAAAAAAUUAAAAAUUAAAAAAAAUUCUUCAUUAUAAUUUUCCCGUAAAACUUGUCCAGAAAAAAACUCGUCAGAAAACACAUUUACAGUGAUUUUUCAAAUUGCUGUAUGACAUUUUGAAUCCUGUAAACUGUAGAAGAAAGCCCAAAUCUGACCCUUUCGCUUUUUGUCAUAAGCAGUAUUAGUCAGUUCCAACAUUUUCUACUGUAUGUCUGUUUUAAAAUUGGCUGGUGGACUAAUUAAACCCUGAAGUUGACUCUUCCUUUUUUUUUUUGUGGCUGUGUGAUUUAUUGGCCUAGCCAUUGUUUUCCAAUCUCAGUCCAUCAAAUACUGCUCUCACGAAUAACCACAGAGACGGUGGCUUCAUCAGAUAUCAAAACGAUGAUUGGUGCAGCUUUUGGAGUUCUUCACAUUUCUCUUCAAAAGGCAAAAGUAAAAGAUGUUUUUUGUUUUCUUUGUUUUUUUCUUUGUUUCACAAGUGAAUACUGUUAAGAUAAUAUUAUAUAUUGGCUUUACGCCGCACCGUGAUUUGAAAUAGACAAACAGAAAAAAAUAUAAACACAAUAAUAUUUUUACCAUCAUAAUGUCAGCCACGAGUUUUGAUUCCAUAAUGUCUGUUUGUUUGCUUUGGAAGCAUGGUCUUUGGAAGUAACCAAAGUUGGAUGAGUUAGAUGAGAGGAGAGGGUAGAGUGUGCCAAGUUAACAGCCAAAAUUUGCAGAACUGGUCAGCCCUUUAAGCCCCAGGUAGGUUUUUUUAAUUUAAAUUUUCAUAUUGAAAAUUUUAAAAAUAAAUCAGUGAGGAACAGUGUGAGCAAAACUGUGAGACCAGAUGGCUCAAACGCACCACCUUAUCAUUAUUACCAGUCAAAACCAGGGUUUUAAAAGCAAUUUUUCUUUUCCCCAAGCAAAACUGCAAAUUUGAGACUAAAUGCAGGCCCUAUGCCAUUGAGCCAAUGAUACCCAUGUUGUUGUACCUGUUUAAAAAAUGUUCACCUCCAGUCAAAGUGUCAGACUUUGCGACCUUCAUAUCACUGUGCUGGAUCAGUUUUUACCACAGAGAAACGAUUAGCAAGCUGCAUCCACAGACACUAUGGGUUCAUCACACAAAUACUUCCUAAUUAGUGCCUAGCAGCCUACAAAUAAAAUAAUUGAAUUUCACUUAUCAAAGAUGGAGUUCAGACUUCUUUGGAUGGCAUGCUAGUAGAAUUACCCACACAGCAAGCUCUGUUAUUUGUCAUAUCAAAAAGCUCUGAAGGGCACCAACACCACAAAUACAGUUAGAAGGUCCACUCCUGUGAUUCCAAUUAGAAGAUAUGGAGCCUGGCAGACAGCUGCUGGCUACAGCUGCUUGUGUUGGCAUCCACCUGUCAGUCAAACAUUUAAGCCUAAAUAAAGUUCGCUCCAUCCAUCCAUUUUCUUAAGCUCUUAUAUAGCUUAGGGCCACAGAUGGGGCUGGAGCCCAUCACAGCUUUCAUGGGGCAAAAUGCAGGGUAUACCCUUGACAGGUCACCAGUCCAUCACAGGACCAACACAGAGAGACAAAUAACCACACGCUCUCACAUCCACUCCUAUGGCAAAUUUAGACUCAUUAAUUAACCAACUCCAUAUGUCUUACGACUGUGAGAGGAAGCCAGAAUACCAAAGGAAAACCUAUACAGCCAAGGAAAACCCAUACAGCCAGGGAGAACACACAGAAAGAUCAAAACCAUCCAGGAGGGUUGAACCGUGAUCCGGGCAAAGUAGCAGCACAGUGGGCUAUUACCUUUAAAGACCAAAACCAUUCUUUGUACAGGCAGUACACACUCCUUUCUCUGCUAUGAUGCUGGGCAUUUGAGUAUGACAUUAGGGCAUUUGGGGAUUUAUUUGGUUUUGGAGCCAGCCUAAACUGACCAUUCUUUACAUGUAAUAAUACCCGUGGGCAUAAUUUGUGUAUAACAAUUUCCUGAUGAAAAAGGUUAUAGGCUAAGUGCAUAUGAGCCCCGAAACACUUGUAGCAUACUCAGAAAAUUGGUCUUUUUCCACAGGAUCACAGACAUGCUCCCCUUUCUAAAAGGGCAACAUAAUUAGGGAUUACUUAGUUCAGUCUUAUUACAUGUUAAUGUGGCAUUUCCUAUGCAAUUUGUCUUGCCCACUUACUGUACCUACUCUGAUAUAAUUUGCACCCUAAUUAAAAUAAACCCAGAGGACCUGUGCAUAUCAGGAAAGGAUGUAAACAUUUUCAUUUAUAGACAUCAUGAAUGAUGUGCUUUUAGAUUAAUUCAAUACAUUGCAGUAGAUGUACAAAAUUGGGGGUAUCAUGUGCUUAUUUUGCUUUUUUAUAUUUAGCACUUUCUGGUUCUUUUACCUAUCUGUAGGUAAAACAGAGGAACAAUUCAGUCAGUCAGAACAAAAUCUGUCUACCACAUCAGAGGAUACUGUUAUCACACUGGACCACAAACAGCCUGCACUGCCACACUUCUACCUGAACUUCCACUUCCAUAUUCACUUUAGUCUGAGACUUAUACUUCUGCCUUUGUCCUUUGUAUGCUGAAGUGCCAGGUACUCUUCUUGCUGACACAGGAAUCUCAGGGUCUCUACUCUAGCUAACUAAAUAACUAGGAGCACCUGUCAGGUAUAAUGGAACAGAACCUUUUCACUAUCACGAACCAUCUCCACUGACAUUCAUUUUGCAGAUACAUCACUUGUUAUCCCAUUCCAUUUUCCCCACCGUUGCUAUGCCAACAAUCCUCAACAUGACCCUCUCUUCUUCCCUUCUCCUUACCAUUUUGUUUCUUUGACAUGUAGGCUGGCUAGCUGGUAUAAGCAGUUGCACAGCUGAAAACUGCUCCAAUACAAAGUCUGUAAUAUGAAGUAAGGUCUAUGUUUGUCCAUGCAUGGCCUUGAUUCCUAUCCUAAAUAUAUAAAAUAUUCCUGCUGACCAAUCGUUUUGACUGCAAAAGGAUUGACUAUAACAAAGCAAGUCUAUGAUACGAGUCAACAGAAGCCGCAAUGCUAAAAUUGUCAUGUUGAGUGGGUGUAAUGUAGCCCAUUAAAGCUGAGGAUGAUGGGAUUUGUAUGAUUAGGUUUAGGUAUUUUGUAAUAAAGUAAGUUUAAACUGAUGGUAAAAAGUCAGUGGAUCAGCAAAUAAAUAAACACUGAAAGGGGUCUGAUAACUGUAUGCAUCCAUUUUCAUGAUAAUCUGUCCACCAGUUGUUUUAUUUGAAACCCAAGAUACCAAGUUCAGUGUGGUGUAAAUUCAGGGUCUAACCAUGAAUGCCUACACUGAGAUUUGCUGUAAUCCAUUGUCAAAGAGCAGCUGGUAACCCACUGGAAACAUGAGCCUUUGCACACAUAUGAGUGCUGUCUUCCCUUUUUGGACGUGUGACAAUCAUUGUGUCAAGGUGGUGCAAGCGAGUAAGGGCAUAAGUCACACAGGAUUGGUCUGCAACCAUCUAGCAACCAACAGGAAAAAACUUUUCCCCAACUGGUUGAUGAGUAGUUGCUCGAGGUUCAUGGUAGCUGCUGGGAAAUCGGUUGCUAAAGCCUGAGUUACACAAGCCUAAAGACUAGUCAGAUACAUCACCAGACAACCACUGGCAAACCAUUGUUUGCCUGGUAGACAGCAAGUCAUUACUCACAAACUAUUAGCCAAAAAGUAGUAAAACUUGAAAGUGUUUUUCAAACUGGAAACAGAGAACGCUGCCUUCUAAGUUAAAAGGUGCAUAUUUAAAAACAUGUUGUCUACAGAAAGAGGCCAACAAGUUUCUAGAAACCAAAGGAGAUUUUUGGUGCAGCACCCUCUUCGUGACCAAUUUCACCUACUGACAGCCAGAAACCUACAGGCACUACUCACCAACCAUUAGGGAAAAUGCAUUUCCCCUCACAACAGAUGGUGGUAUCUCAUCCAAUAUAGGGGACAUCUCUCCAGCAAUGUGCAUAUGAUGUCAUGGGACAAACUUCUAUAAGUCAGGUAAGUGACUUAUAACUUAUAACUCAUAGUGAGUAGGUUUCAUUCUAGACCAUUAUUGACAUGCCUAAAGUCAUUUAGGGUUAGGUAAUUAAAAUUUAAAGGUGGUGAUCUAGUCAGCAGACUAAAAAAAAUGUAACAACGGCAUGCAAUUUUACCAGACAUACAAUUUAUAUAAAAAGAUAUUAAAAAAUACCCUCCUGUAAUGUAUUUAUUUACUUGACUGUAUGUUUGAACACCUAAGUAAGCCUGUUGUUACUCUUUUUAUUAAUUUAAGCCAAAAUUCUGCAUCUAUCUUUAAGCCAGAAGAGGCACUAUGGUUUAAGAAACUUCUGAAGUACUAUAGUUUGUGUGUACGCUGGCCAGUGUGCAUUUCUAAUGGUACUGCAUAAUGCAUGCUUGCCUGUCGU